CCAGCCAUGGCGUCGAUGGGGCUUCAGCUCGUGGGCGUGGGGCUGGCGGUGCUGGGGUGGCUGGGCACCGUCACCAUCUGCCUGCUGCCCAUGUGGAAGGUGUCGGCCUUCGUCGGCAACAACAUCAUCACGGCGCAGACCAUCUGGGAGGGCCUGUGGAUGAGCUGCGCGGUGCAGAGCACGGGCCAGAUGCAGUGCAAGAUCUACGACUCCCUGCUGGCGCUGCCCACCGACCUGCAAGCGGCCCGCGCCAUGGUGGUCAUCGCCAUCCUGCUCUCGCUGCUGGCCGUCCUGCUGUCGGUGGUGGGGGGGGAGUGCACCACGUGCGUGGGCGACCCGGCCGCCAAGGCCAGGGUGGGCCUAGCGGCGGGGGGGCUUUUUGUGCUGAGCGGGGCCCUGUGCUUGGGCACGGUGUGUUGGCCCACCCACACCAUCAUCAAGGACUUCUACGACCCCAUGGUGCCCGACGCCCAGAGGAGGGAGCUGGGGGCCUGCCUGUACGUGGGCUGGGGGGCGUCCGGGCUGCUCCUGGUGGGGGGGGUGCUGCUCUGCUGCCGCUGCCCCUGCGGGGGAGACCCCUACCACGGAGGGAGAUACGCCCCGCCCAGGUCCACCGUCCCAGGGAAGGAGUUUGUGUGAGCUCACACGUCUGGGGCUCAAGGUCACGGGCUACUGUGAAGUAACUUUCAUUUUAUUUUUUGCUUGGAAUAAUGUUUUGAUUUGUCGACGCACUUAAAACGUAAUAACUGUACAACCAUUGUAUUUUUAUA